AUGACUUUGAAGCGCAGGGUCACGGAUGAAGCCAAUUACACACCUUCAAAAAGGCCUCGAACAGGUGCUGCGGCGGACACCACGGAGCUGGACUAUGCUUCAGACGAUUCGGCUGACUGGAAGGUCAACUACACCGAUAAUGGGAAAUUGAGGGCAGAGAGUGAAGCCCGCAGACAGUGGAACUAUGUCUGCCCUACGUGCUCCCAGCGAUUCAACCGACCAUGCCGUCUCGAGACACACAUGCGAAGCCAUAACAAGGAACGUCCAUUUGCCUGUACCGAGUCGGGAUGCGAUAAGACGUUCCCUCGCAAAGAUCAUCUGCAACGCCAUCUGAAGAAUGCUCAUAGCGAUCCGGCAACCGAACGAACAUUCGUAUGCGAUUGGAAUGGUUGCGGGAAGAGCUUCACAUCCAAUGGCAGGCUACAAAGGCACAGGGAUGUCCACGAGUCCAAAUUCCAUUGCACCGAAUAUCCACCGUGCAAUGAAUCAUUCAGAAAGGCAAAGUCACUCGAAGCACAUGUCCAGAGUCAGCACCUCGCAGUCAAGCCAUAUGUCUGUGCCCAUGUGGACGAGGAAACAGGUCAGAAGUGUACAAGCGGGUUCCAGACCGAGGGUGCAUUACAACGGCACAUGCAUCGGGCACACAUCGAGACGCGAGAGCAAGGUCAUUUCUGCAUGUUAUGUAUGGGCACGGCUGGCGAAGUCAUGGUGCAGACCGAGUCUGCGGACCCGCCACAGCUACCGUCGUUUGCGACCAAAGAAGAGUUGGAGGCACAUACAGCCGAAUUCCAUCCACCAGUAUGCACAGAGUGUGGCCAAAAAUUCAAGAGCGCAUCUAUACUCAAGUCACAUUUCGAAACUGUACAUGGCGACCCACAGGAACAGCCACAAUACCCAUGCCCAAGGCUGGGCUGCGAGAGUGUAUUCAACCGAAAGCACAACCUUACGGUGCAUAUUCAAAAUGUUCACGAUAAACAAUUCAACUACGUGUGUGCAGCAGAAGCCGUAAAAAUCUCCAAGCACGCAGAAAUCCAGGCCUGGAACGGACAAGAUGCUUGCGGCGCCUCAUUCAAAGCAAGGUCCUCACUAGACCAGCACAUCCGAAAACACCAUCUCAACCUCGGCAACCGCAAGCAGCUGCGACAAGCCGCCAAAUCCAAAAAGAAACCAGAAGCCUCAAUGCUCACCAUGCUCACGGGCGUGGGCUACGAAAAGGACCGGGACGUACCUUGUCUCGUCAAAAACUGUGCCUACCGCUUCUACCUCGAUCGCGAUCUCCGCCGCCAUCUACGUGCCGAGCACCACAUGUCGGACGCGGAAAUCGAAGAAAAGAUUCUAGAGCGCGAUGCCAUGGCUGGCGGCCAGUUCUGGAUAGGUGGCCUUGACGAGUCGAUGAAUAUGUUUGCCGAUUCGGCGACACCCAGUAUGCCAGAGACGCCUGGCCCGUAUUUCACUCCAGGUGCUACGACGCCUAUGCUACCUUGUCCUGAGCCUGGUGCUAAGGACUUGCAUCAUUUGGGUAGUGGAGCAGGGGUUUUCAAUCAGCAGUUUGAUCACUUUGCGCUUGCUGAUGAGGAGGCGGAGAUGGAUUUGGAGAUGGGGCUGGGCGAUUUGACGCCGGCUGCUGAUGUUCAGGAUGGGCUGCAGUGGGAUAUGCUUGCGCCGGUGGAGCAGUAUAAUAUCGACAUUACUCGUGGUUAG